UGUACCGCAGGUUUUUUCUCCUCAUUAGCGUGUAGUGUGUGUAUCGUGCUGCGACUGCUGCUGCUGACACGGUUUCGUCCAGUUUGGUCGUCCAAGUGUGUUGUACGCGGUGUGUGGAAUGUGAAAUGUCAUUCACAUAGUGGUCGCCCCAGUGUUUUUGUCCUGUACAGUGACGGCGGGGAAUUGACCAACCGGUUGGAUUAUUCUACUUAAUUUAUCCGACGAAUUUAUUUCAUUUUUUCCAGUGGUCAGCCAGCACCGUUAGGUGUCGGUUUCCGCGAGAAUGGAGUGGCUCCCACGCCGCCGGGAGGGCCUCGGCUGGCUGGCGUUGAUUAUCGUUUCCGUGGGAUAUUUGUCGCUUGCCGGAUGCCAAACGCUGAACGCAGCUGCCAGUGUUAAUGUUACGAUCAUCCCGGAUCUCUUCUACUGUCCGAAAGGGUGGGUGCUGCUGGACUGGAUGUGCUACCGCUACAUGGAGACGAAUGCAUCCUGGUCGGUGGCCGGCGAGGCGUGUCGACGUAUCGGCAGCGAUCUGCUGACCAUGUCCGACUACUCAUCCCCCACCAACGCCUGGAUCUCCGGCCAGCUGCCCAACACCUCGGUGUGGCUGGCGGCGGCACUGACGCCGGCGAGGACGCUCUCCUGGAGCGACGGACAGGAGAUAGGGCCGUACUCCGGCCUGUGGGCCAUCGGGCAGCCGGACGCCGGUGGCGGGGAGUGCGUGGCGUUGGAUGGACGCUUCGACACUGACAACUGGUACCUGGCGGCGUGCGAGACGCUGCUGCCCUUCGUUUGCCAGCAGCCGGCCUGUCCCAAGGACACCUUCACCUGUCCGGGCGAGAAGAAGUGUUUAUUGAUGGACCGGGUGUGUGAUCACGAGGGCAACGUGGAGUGCGGAUCGUGGGCCGAUGAGUUUGACUGUCCGCCAGGGAACGGACGCACUGAGGCGCCGGUGUGUGCCCACUAUCUGACCGGGGCCAGCGGCAGUCUAUCCAGCCCCAACCACCCGGGUCCCUACCCGCGCGUGGCCUCCUGCCUGUGGCUGAUCGAGACCCCGGCCGGCACCCGCGUCGACCUGCAGUUCAGCGAAUUCGCCACGGAAGCGAACCAGGACACCGUCAGCGUCCUCUCCGGGAGUCCCCUGCCCGCCCGCGCCCGGGCGCUGGCCGUCCUCAGCGGCCAACCCGCCCCCACGGCCCUCCACUACACUGCCGACAACAACUUCCUCAUCCUCCGUUUAACCGCCGACGCCAGCGUGGAGAUGGCCGGCUUCCGCGCCACCUACAAAGCGCUGAACGCCCGCUGCGGCGGCGACGUACAGGCCACUGUGGGAUGGCAGCGUGUGGCGGUCAUGGAGGUGUGUGUACCGCUUCCAGGGGGCCGUCGGGAGUGUCGUCAGUUUGGAGGUGGAAGGGUUGACCGGCGAGGAUGUGGUAAAAGUGCGCGAUGGAGGUGA